GAGGGCGAAGAAGAGGAGUCAGACACACCACACAAAAUCAUCGCCGGCUCACCUCUACCUCAGAUGUCGAAAUCGUCGAGUUUGACAAUGAACAAGAACGUCCAUGUCAAUCGCGGCGCAAAGACGUUGAAGAGCCGUCAGGCCCUCGAUUUGACACCUCCGACUAUGGCUACUCGCAUUCCGACUGCUAAACUCGUGGCCGACUUCUCCCCUUGGACUGGUCGUCAACCGGAAGAUAACCUGAACGAGACCGUCAUCAGGAAUGGAUAUUUCGAUAAAGCUCCUGGGCCAAAUGCGACAGAGACCACAUCGGCCUGUUCCAUCAUUUGGCCAGGAUUGACUCAGAAGAACAGUGUAGCGCUCAGUAUGCUCUCAACGGUCUUCGCGAGCGCCAUGGAGAAACGUCAACAGUUGGGCAGGCAUACCGCCCCUUCGGCGUUCAAGCCUCCUCCACGUGUCACUAUCACUGAUUCUAAACGAGAAGCUUGGCUGCGCGACCUGGCCAAUCCGGCGGUCCCGUUGCGCAAGCAGGCCCGAAAUAUUCCUUAUGGAAUUCGAGGCAAGCUAUUGAUGGAGCAGUGUGCCGCCAAAAACAUACCUCUCGCCCGAGCGGUCUGGCUUGCAAAGUGCGUUGGUGCCAACGAAUUGCGUGCCUUUCGCCGUAAAGGUGUCGGGAACGGACCUGCUGCGGCUACAGCUGCUGUUAUCUCCGGCGAGCUCAAAUGGGUUCGAGAAUGGACUCUACAUGUGCUGCAGUUUCUUGAGAGUGUCAUCUCGACCUGUGGGCAAACAGCAGACUGGAAAGCUCGAAUGGACUAUGCG